UACUGGCUCAAUGAAUUAUUUGGUGUCUUUAUAAUAUAUAUACCCAAAGAGCUGGGGAUAUAUGCAAAAGCCUCAAUCUAUUGACAAAGCCAUGAAAUCAACAUAAACCACCCGCAACACACAACUAGUAAAACCGCAUCGCAUCCUCGUCCCCAAGUUAGCUAAAGGCUCUCUACAAAUCGCACUUAAGCCUCAUCACCAGCACCACACCUAACCAUGGACGACGGCCUCGACGAAUUCGAGAAGACCCUCGCAACCGAGAAAAGAGCCCGCGAAGACGAAGAAUCCAAAUCCAAAUCGCGCAGCGACCGCCACCGUCACCACCACCGCAGCCACCACCACAAAUCCCGCGACGACGACUCCUCCGAGCGACGCCAUCACCGGCGCUCGCGCGACUACAACGAUGAUGGACACAGGCAUAAGCGUCAGCACCGCGACUCCUCCCGCGACGAUGAGCGUAAACGGCGACACCGCGACAACUCCUCCCCUGACGAGGAGCGCAAACGGCGGCACCGCCACGAGAAAACUACAGAUCCUAAAGAAGACCUGCCUCUCCCCGAUGAAGAGAUACCGCAGACCGAUGCGCCGCUAGGCGCAGCGCCGGCGGUGAAGCGCGAUGCGUGGAUGACGGCGCCGGGGGCGCUGGAGGUGGAUUAUACGCAGAGGGGGGCGAAGAAGGAGGAGAAGGGUACGGUGGAGGAGAAGAUGGAGAUUAAAAUCCAUCGGAACGAGUUGAAUCACCAAUUAAAGGAUGUAAGGCUAGAAGAGGAUGAGGCUGUUGAGCCAGAAGAGGGGGAGAGGGAGGUAGAGUAUACGUUUGGGGACAGUGGUGCGCAGUGGAGGAUGACGAGGUUGAAGGCUGUGUAUAGGGAGGUAGAGGAGGGGAAGAGGACGCUGGAGGAUGUGGCGGUUGAGCGGUUGGGGGGACUACGCGAGUUUGAUGAUGCGAGGGAAGAGGAGGUGGAGUUGGAGAGGAGGAAGUUGUAUGGAAAGGGGUAUGUCGGGAAGGAGAAGCCGAUUGGGGAGUUGUUUGAGGAGAGGAAGGCGGCGAUGGGGGUGAAGAGGCAGAGGGAGGAGAAGGAGGCGGCGGAGGCUGCGAGGGAUUUACCGCAGGGGAGGGUUAUGGAGGAGCAGCAGGCCCAGGCUCCUGUGGUGCGGGUCGACCAGACUCAGCUCAAUAGGAUGAAAGCCCAGCUGAUGAAGGCGAAGCUUAAGGGGUCCGCUGACGUGGCAAAGCUUGAGGCCGAGUACAACGAAGCAGCCGCCGGACUUCUCGCCAGAGGCCCUGAAGUCAUCGUCCUCGGAGAAAUGGAGAACAGACUCCUCGCCGGUACGCGUGGCGAAGUGGUCUCCAUCGACAAUAAGCGCGGCCGCGAGCGCGGCCUCGUCAAAUCCAACGAAGACAUGAGCAUCGAAGACAUGGUCCGUGAAGAGCGCCGCACCAAAUACCAAGCCGGCGGCGAAGGACGUAAAUUCGCCGAGCGCAUCGCCAAAGACACGAAAUUCGAGAACAACCUCGACUACCUCAACGACAACACCGCGAAGCUCGCCAAGUCUGCCCCUAAGUCUGAGAUGAACCUCAAGAACAUGGCCAUCGGGGAGUUCCAGAAGAUGAACCGCAUCCUUGAUGCCUGUCCGCUGUGUCAUCACGAGGACCGUAAUCAGGCGCCUGCUGCGCCUAUUGUCUCGUUGGGGACCCGCACCUUUUUGACGCUCCCUACUACCCCUGAGAUCGCGGACGGCGGGGCGGUCAUUGUCCCUAUCGCGCAUCGCACGAACUUACUCGAGUGCGAUGACGACGAGUGGGAUGAGAUCCGCAACUACAUGAAGAGCCUAACACGCAUGUAUCACGACCAAGGCCGCGCCGUCAUCUUCUACGAGAACGCCGCCGCCCCCAACCGCCGCCCCCACGCAGCCCUCCAAGCCGUCCCCCUCCCCUACGAGCUCGGCGACACAGCGCCUGCAUUUUUCCGCGAAGCGAUCCUAGCAUCCGACGAGGAGUGGACGCAGCAUCGGAAGUUGAUUGAUACGGGGAAGGCGGCCAAGGGGGGUAUGGGGAGGUUAGCGUUUAGGAGGACGCUGGCGAAGGAGAUGCCGUAUUUUCAUGUUUGGUUUGAUCUGGAUGGGGGGCUGGGACAUGUGGUUGAGGAUGCAAAUCGCUGGCCGAGGGGGGAUUUGUUCGCGAGAGAGGUGAUUGGGGGGAUGUUGGAUGUGGAGCCGGAUGUGGUGAAGAGGCAGGGGAGGUGGCAGAGGGGGGGGAAUGUGGAGAGGAUGGAGGGGUUUCAGAAGAGGUUUAGGAAGUUUGAUUGGGCGAGGGUGUUGACAGAUGGGGCGUAG